AGGGAACACAUUUUAUUUUACAUCGGAAAAUAUUUACAAAAAAUUUGUUAAAGUAGCCUCUCUGCGUGCAUAGCAUUCGCUUGAUGCCUGUAAGUUUAGACUCCUGCUCAUCCUGAUAAGAGACCAAUGCAAUUCGAUUGCAUUGACUUUCUAUUGCAGAGCUUUGGAACCAAGGGAAGGAUCCAAACAUAGCUCCAUUUUAUCCAAUCAGAAGGGCCGCUCAGUGCUAAACUCUGAUUCGUCCAUUCCUCUUUGCAUCCAUCCAAUCAUUAGGCGACUUUAACAGCCAAUCAGCGGCCUAGAUAUGCACCAAUCAUGGAACAGUGCCGAAGCACGGCCUUUGUGUCGGGGGAUGUCAGCGCGUCGGCGAAAGCGCCCACCAAUAAAAAAAGUCGUUGGUGUAUGCAAAUAAGGGUCCUAUGACGCAGAGACGCAGCGUGAAGCGUGCCUAUAAAAACGGCGGCGUCGAGGGGGCCUGGAGCGCAGAGCGGUUUGGUCGUUCGUUGGGCUUGUUUCGGUUCUUGGUUCGGCGAUUGCGGCUGUUCUUCGGGCAGCGGAAGCGGCGCGGCGGUCGGAGAAGUGGCCUAAAACUUCGGCGUUGGGUGAAAGAAAAUGGCCCGAACCAAGCAGACUGCUCGUAAAUCCACCGGUGGGAAAGCCCCCCGCAAACAGCUGGCCACAAAAGCCGCCAGGAAAAGCGCUCCCUCUACCGGCGGGGUGAAGAAGCCUCAUCGUUACAGGCCCGGGACCGUGGCGCUUCGAGAGAUUCGUCGUUACCAGAAGUCGACCGAGCUGCUCAUCCGGAAGCUGCCCUUCCAAAGGUUGGUGAGGGAGAUCGCUCAGGAUUUCAAAACCGACCUGAGGUUUCAGAGCGCGGCCAUUGGUGCGCUGCAGGAGGCUAGCGAAGCGUACCUGGUGGGUCUGUUUGAAGAUACUAAUCUGUGUGCCAUCCACGCUAAGAGAGUCACCAUCAUGCCCAAAGACAUCCAGUUGGCUCGCCGGAUACGGGGAGAGAGAGCUUAAGUGAAGGCAGUUUUUAUGGCGUUUUGUAGUAAAUUCUGUAAAAUACUUUGGUUUAAUUUGUGACUUUUUUUGUAAGAAAUUGUUUAUAAUAUGUUGCAUUUGUACUUAAGUCAUUCCAUCUUUCACUCAGGAUGAAUGCGAAAAGUGACUGUUCACAGACCUCAGUGAUGUGAGCACUGUUGCUCAGGAGUGACAAGUUGCUAAUAUGCAGAAGGGAUGGGUGAUAUUUCUUGCUUCUCAUGAUGCAUGUUUCUGUAUGUUAAUGACUUGUUGGGUAGCUAUUAAGGUACUAGAAUUGAUAAAUGUGUACAGGGUCCUUUUGCAAUAAAACUGGUUAUGACUUGAUCCAAGUGUUUAACAAUUGGGGCUGUUAAGUCUGACCAUACAUCACUGUGAUAGAAUGUGGGCUUUUUCAAGGGUGAAGAUACAAGUCUUAACCACAGUGUAACUUACAGUUUCCUUUAAAAAAAAAAAAAAAAAAAAGUAAACCUGGCAGCUAUAGAAUACACUAUGUGCAUUUAUAAUAGCUAUUUUAUAUAUUGUAGUGUCAACAUUUUUAAAUUAAAUGUUUUACAUUCACAAGUGGUGGGGAGUCUUGUCAUUAAGGUGUGUGUAAUUUAGAGUCCAGUUGGUUUUCUUCUGACUGCACUUGUUCUCAUAGUAAAAUGCUAUGCGCAUUUAUACCUUGCAUAAGUCCUCAUUCUACCACGUGUUAACUAACCCUCUAGCUGAUAAUGCAAACACUAACUGGGGGAUUUUAUUUAUAAGGGCUCUAGAAAAAAAUACAAGUUAUUCACACCAGCAUCAUCUAUUAACUAAUAUUCUGAACUAGUUAGUGCAGCUUUUCAUUGUGUUGUGUGGUUGGUCUCAUAACUAGGUUGAGUUUUUCUCCUCUGCUAAGAGGAAACAGUACCGAAGUUCUUUUUCUUGUGGCAUUUGUAUUAUAAAAACUUGCUGUGGGGGAGGAGCAUAAAGCUCCAGCCCACUGAACCUCUGCCAAUUAAGAUGGUGUUGGGUUAGGUUACAUCUGGUUACUGUCCUGGGAAAAUCAUUUUUAUAGAGAUGGCCUUCCAAGUGGUUUUAAAAUUUAUUGAAGUUUUUAGGUCAAUUAUGUAUGUUGACUAAAUUUACAAAUAAACUUGUUUAUCCAACUAA